AUCAAAUUGGUACAUUUGGAAAAAAAUAUUUUCAGUCCCAUCAUGUCAAAAACCUCAGUGGGGUCCCUUUAAUAGGUGAAAAAGAAAUUUUUUUAAAGAUGGGUGGAGGUGGCUUAUACUUUUUUACAGAUAAAAAUUAACUUAUUGUCAGUGGACACAAGAAAAAAAAGGAAAACAUUGCAUCAGGGAAAUAUUUAUACCAUUAUCAAAUAUUAUAUGACAAUUAACAAUUCACAUACGAAUUUUAUAGAAAAAAAAAUAUAAAAAAGAACAUUAAAGCAACAUACCAAUGCUACCAAAUUACAGGGAAAAAAGGGGUGACAAAGUCACUAGUACUUCUAAAAGGAAACCAAAUGUCUUUUCAGACACUCAAUGUUGACCUUAAGACAGACCUCAGAUCGACUGGUUGUAUGAAAUAGGAUAGAUUGAAAUUGCAACCAUAACGGACCCCUAUUUUCCAGUAUUCCGGUGUCCAAUUGCCAUAUUGGAAAACAAAAUACUGGAAAAAUAGGGGUCCCUAAAAAAUAAAUGCAUCGCCUUUUUACUUUGAGGAGCAUAAUAAUCAACCACAUAAUUUCAUCCAUUUACAUGUAUACAAUAUUAUUCAAAUAUUUAUUUACAGUGUUCUGAUUUACUGAAAAGAUGGAGGAGGAUUUCAAAGAUAUCAUUGGUAAAAUAUUUUCCUGUAAUCAGAGCCUGCUAAUGACAUUUUAAAUUACUACUUUUUAAGUAAGCUCCAGAAUGUAAAUUGAACAGCUCGAUUAUAAUAUAUGUAUUCCCAAAAGAAUUGGGAUCCUGGUUAUGGUUAUGAUUGGACAUUUUUUCAUGUUUUUGUGCAAUUCAUUAAUCCAUUCUUUUGUCAAGUUCUCUCACCAAGAGGUUACUAGGUUUUUAGAAUUUUUAUUUCUUCUGGGACAUUCUCAUUGUAUGUGAAUUUGAUGAGACUGACAAUGGUAAACUAUUUAAUUAACAUUUAAAAAAAAAAAUAAAAAAAAAAUAAAUGAAAGAAGUAAAUAUUAAUGAAAUUUAAGUUAUACAAGAUAGUUUUCAUUUUUUCGUGCAAUUUCUUUGUAAAGUUUGCACACUCAACAAGAGGUUACUAGGUGUUGGUUUAAUGGAUUUAGUCGGAAGAGUGAUUUACCUAAUUUUGAAAAUUAUGCCAUUGUUUUACAGAUUAUUAUAUGGAACAAGAAGAGUUCAAUGAUGAAUUUGACGAGACUGAAAAAGAUUAUUAUAUGGAACAAGAAGAGUUCAAUGAUGAAUUUGACGAGACUGAAAAAGAAGACUUUACUGAUGUAGAGACCGAUAGAAGCAGUGGAGAUGAUAAUGAAAGCAACGGAGAUUCCAGCGAAAGCGACAGCAAUGAGUCCAGUCUGAAAAGAAAAGAAAAGAGGGGACGUCCAAUUGGAUGGCGCAAAAUAACAUCAGAAAGUUGUGAAUCAAGACCAACAAAAAGAGCAAAGAAACAAAUGUCACCAAAUGAGAUUCCAACGUUUUUCUGCUGUCUGAAAAUGUGUGCUGUUGCACUUAGUGUAACUACUGUAGAAAUGGCAAGACAAACUUUUCAGGCAAUGAAGAAAAUGGAUAGAUCUGAAUACAUUCUGAACUGGAUUAGAGACCAUUCAAGGUAACAAUUUUAUUGAUGAUAAGCCUAUUUCUUACAUAUUAUUUAGAGACUUGACAAGUAUGAUGUUAAACUUUCAAUUACCUCUAACAUUUUCAUUUUGAAAAGUAAAUACAUAAAGAAUAAUAUUCAAAAUUAAGCAAAUAAUUAAAAUGUGUUUCAUGUAUAAUCUGCAAUAAUUAAGGUAUGAAGAUAGCAGAACUGCUGCAGAAGUUCACAACUUUCUUGAGUGGUUAAAACUUAACAAUAUAAAAAAAACCAGUCCCACCCAGUUCGAGUUCACCAGAAAUGAAGAUGAGAAAGCUGCUGAGGCAUAAAAUAAUUAAUGAAGGGAAAAUCUACUCAUUUACAAUUAAUUUAAGUUUUUAAAUAAAGAUAAUGACAUAUUUUGAAACGAAUUAUAGCUUUAUAUGCUUUGUGAAUAAAAAAAAUAGCAGUGUCUCUAUUUCCAGGGGUUAUUCAAUUGAAAUAAAAUAGUUCACAUUGCUUAGAAUACAUUCAUUUUUUUUAAGACUUAAGCUAUUUGAACUGGCAUUUUUCAUCAGUAUAAUACACAUAUACAAUUAUUAAAAUUAAAACAUAUCGAGAUAUAA